UGUGAAGAGACAGACAACAGGGUGGAGAGACAAACAACAGUGUGGAGAGACAAACAACAGUGCAAAGAGACAAACAACAACAUGCAGAGUGUGCAGGUAUGUAGAGAUAAAUGUUGACACCUGCAGAACCGUGCAAGGUCAUUUAAAAAUUAUCCUCGCUGGUAAGAUUCACGAAGCUUAUCUUGUUUUGCAAAGUGUUUAG